CUCUGAGUCUGAAAUUAGUGUCCUUGAGAGCAGGAGGAAUUAGACGUGGAGACAUUCACAGGCAUCAAACACACCGUUCGUCAUCAUGCUGAUUCUCCUCGCUGCCAUCUUUGUCCUUCACAUCAUAGGCGUCAUCGUCCUCCUGGUGGCCACCAUUGACAAUGCCUGGUGGAUGAUGCCUAACAUUUCCACUGAUGUGUGGGGCCGGUGGAUACAAACUAACGGAGUGUGGAACUUAACCGAUAUUCCCACAGGUUCACACUACCCACAGGAUUACCUCCAGGCAGUGCAGGCCAGCUCAGUGCUCGCUUGUAUAUUCUCCAUCCUGGGCAUCUUUGUGUUUGUGGCUCAGCUCUUCACGCUCCAGAAAGGACAGAGGUUCACCAUCUCAGGCAUCUUUCAGCUCCUUGCCUGCCUGUGCAUCAUGAUCGCAGCCUCCAUCUACACAAACCAAUUUCACUUGGACGAGAACUUUGGCUGGUAUGGUCACUGCUUCAUCCUGGCGUGGAUCGCCUUCGCUCUCACGUUCAUCUCCUCCAUCAUUUACUUUGUGCUGCGCAAGAAGACAGCGUGAGAAGGACACUAGAGCUAGCUCCAACCAGCCCAAACCUUCGGCUGGAUCUACUCUUUCGGCUGAAAUCUGGUUUUAGUCACAGAUGGUGUAAAGUGUUUAUAUUUGACAUCAGAUUUGAGCUGCUAGUGUAGAUUCAGCUACAGAUAAAGCAGACCUGACGAUCCUCUCAAAUACAUACUAUUAGUUAAUUGAGUCUGCUGUCGGAUAGUCAGGGUUUCACACUUUUUGGCUCAAUCAAUCACAGUUGUAUUUGAGUGUUUUCAUCCCAGAGUUUGGGCCAGAUUUCUCAGGCAUCUAAGGAUUAAGAAUAUGUUUGAUGUUUACUGAACACAAUGUGCCUUAAGGUGUAAGAUGCUAUGAUACAUUAAGAUCCAUCAAGUCUGGCAGGUUGAAGAGUAAUAUCUGUGGUCUUUGUUUUCGUAAUGCACAUUUACAUAUGGAUAUGAGUGUUGGAUAAAAAGGGGCGAGUUUAGGAUUUUAGUUUUUUGUUGUUGUUGUGUUAUUGUAUUGUUAGUUUAUCAAGUUAUCUGCUCUGGUCUUACUUUAUAUAAUGUGCCACUAAUUAAACAGAGUUUAAAUAUGUGUUUUAAAAAAACAUUCAUAUGUCUCCUGUUGCGGAUAUGUGUGUAAUCUAAUGAGAAGACUAUGUGAUGAUAUAAAAUAUAAAAUCUGUAAAAUAAUACAGCUGAGUUUGUCUUGUAAUUAUUUGUGAUUACGAAGACAUCAAACUGGUUGAAGUGUGUAAGUGCAAAGCCAAAGCAUAUACAAACUCUGACACUACAUCGUUGUAUUGACAGUUAAUACAAAGCCAUUAAAAUUAAAGGGACCAAAAAUCAAUUUUUCGUCCCUAAGUGCAGCAAACGCAGCAAUAUUUGAAAGCUUUUGAGUUCCACUUACCUCGUAUGUAUGAAACUCGCCAUUUUACCUAAAUCCACUAAUAAAAGCUCUUAUCUGACUGUUAAUCCAACCAUAUACCGAUAAUAUCUGUUUCCACCCAGCGUGACAGAAAGGGAACUGCCUUGACUCCUAAAGCGUGAGAUAUGAUAUGUAAAUAUGUUUUGUUUCCCGUAAUACUCUGUAUGUCUAUCUGUAUGUUUAUUUUUGCUACCAUUAUUUCUCAUCAUGGAUUACAAAGACAAUGAUUUUUACAAUAUUAAAACUUGAUUUUCAACCAA